GCCAUCUCUUUAUUUCUAAUGCAUCCUUUGUGGGAAAAGCUUGGAAUGUGUUUCUGAAUCAGAAAUUUAAAAACAACUUACAGGCAGUUUUCUAUGAAUAACUGCUAAUUCUUUUUAAUUUCCCCUUAACAUCUGCAUUUUUGUAUUUGAAUAAUUGUUUUUAUCAUCAUUUAACUUUGUAAUCCUUUUCUAAAAUUGUGACUUAUGAUUAAUUUCUGUGCUUUCUUUUCCCACAAGCAUGUUGAAUUUUAUUAUACUGAGAUGACUCUUGUGACCUGCCUAAAGAGAAGUGCCCUCCUUCAUGUAAUAAUAUUUCCAUCGUUUAAGUUCUUAAAGCAGUCUUGCCUUAUACAUUAUAAAAUGGAUUUUAAAACGUUACUCUAAACCGGUGAUUUUCAAGCUUUGGCUUGACAAAAAUUACUUAAGGAGGGCACAUCUUUACAGUAUGCUGAGCAGUGCCUGGCUGCUCAGUAAACUCUUCCACAUUAAAUGCUCUCUUGUUAUGCAUGUGAUUCUGAUUAAAAUAGAAAUUGAAUUAGAUAAUAUUUUUAGUGAAUAAUAAAAGCAUAACAGUAACCAGUGAGAUUAUCUUAAAAUUUGUUGAUUUCCUUUUUAAAAGAAUCCUUGAACUAAAAAGAACCCAAUUUUGGUUUUUGACUGACCUCACAAAGUUACUUGUUGGUCCUGAUAGCUUUCUGUAGGAAGAAGCAUGUGAUCAGCUCCAGUGUACAUAGGAGAAACUAGGACAAACCUAACCAGUAACUUAACCAGUCCCAGCUAGGGUUACUGUCUCCUGCCUGUCCGGCAGUCAGCGCCUGGCAACCCGUGUGCCAUGUGCCAGUUGCAGUCUCCUCUCACUGCAUUCUGGGUUGGCUUCCUCCUUUAGCAGGAUGGAAGACAGCUCCUGCCGCUUGUGUCUCUACAGGAGCCAGGGUCUCUGACAAAAUACAAAAGCAGUUAGCUGCUAUUCAAGUUCUAACUUUUGGAUGGUUAUGUUUGCAUGUUCGAACAGAAGACACAGUUCCUUGGUUGGAUGCAGAAUAGGGGUCAGGCACUGUUAGCCAGUCUAGAACAUUUAGGCCCAUACAGUGACAUGUUGCCUUUCAUUAUUUUUGUUUUCAAGUAACGCUAUACGUUUAGGAGUUCAUUUGUUUACCUCUUUACAGGCUGAACAUAACUUCCUUUUUUCAAAAUUCCCUGUGUUGUGAACUGAGCUUGAGUGAAGUGAAAUCUUUGAGGAAGCUAAAGCUGUGUGUAUUUGUGGAUCAGACAAGUGCAGCAAGUUAAUAUCAUUGGCUUCUGAAGGGGAGAGUGAGGUGAUGGCUGCGUUUAAGUUGGAUUUCCUUCCAGAAAUGAUGGUGGAUCAUUGCUCUUUGAAUUCCAGUCCUGUCUCAAAGAAAAUGAACGGCACCCUGGACCACCCAGACCAACCGGAUCUUGAUGCUAUCAAGAUGUUUGUGGGCCAGGUUCCAAGAACCUGGUCUGAGAAGGACUUGAGGGAACUCUUUGAACAGUAUGGUGCUGUCUAUGAAAUCAAUGUCCUAAGGGAUAGGAGCCAAAACCCUCCUCAGAGCAAAGGGUGCUGUUUUGUUACAUUUUACACCCGUAAAGCUGCAUUAGAGGCGCAGAAUGCUCUUCACAACAUGAAGGUCCUACCAGGGAUGCAUCAUCCUAUACAGAUGAAACCUGCCGACAGUGAGAAGAACAAUGCAGUGGAAGACAGGAAGCUGUUUAUUGGUAUGAUUUCCAAGAAGUGCACUGAAAAUGACAUCCGAGUCAUGUUCUCUUCAUUUGGACAGAUUGAAGAAUGCCGGAUAUUACGGGGACCUGAUGGCCUGAGCCGAGGUUGUGCAUUUGUGACUUUUACAACAAGAGCCAUGGCACAGACGGCUAUCAAGGCAAUGCACCAAGCACAGACCAUGGAGGGCUGCUCAUCUCCCAUGGUGGUAAAAUUUGCUGAUACGCAGAAGGACAAAGAACAGAAGAGAAUGGCCCAGCAGCUCCAGCAGCAGAUGCAGCAAAUCAGCGCAGCAUCUGUGUGGGGAAACCUUGCUGGUCUAAAUACUCUUGGACCCCAGUAUUUAGCACUUUAUUUGCAGCUCCUUCAGCAGACUGCCUCCUCUGGGAACCUCAACACCCUGAGCAGCCUCCACCCAAUGGGAGGGUUAAAUGCAAUGCAGUUACAGAAUUUGGCUGCCCUAGCUGCUGCAGCUAGUGCAGCUCAGAACACACCAAGUGGUACCAAUGCUCUCACUACAUCCAGCAGCCCCCUCAGCGUACUCACCAGUUCAGGGUCCUCACCGAGCUCCAGCAGCAGCAGCUCUGUCAACCCCAUCGCCUCCCUUGGAGCCCUGCAGACAUUAGCUGGAGCAACGGCAGGCCUCAACGUCAGCUCUUUGGCAGGGAUGGCUGCUUUAAAUGGUGGCCUGGGCAGCAGUGGCCUUUCCAACGGCACCGGGAGCACCAUGGAGGCCCUGACGCAGGCCUACUCGGGAAUCCAGCAAUAUGCUGCCGCGGCACUCCCUACUCUGUACAACCAGAACCUGUUGACACAGCAGAGUAUCGGUGCUGCUGGAAGCCAGAAGGAAGGUCCAGAGGGAGCCAACCUGUUCAUCUACCACCUGCCCCAGGAGUUUGGAGAUCAGGACCUGCUGCAGAUGUUUAUGCCCUUUGGGAAUGUCGUGUCUGCCAAGGUUUUCAUAGACAAGCAGACAAACCUGAGCAAGUGUUUUGGUUUUGUAAGUUACGACAAUCCUGUUUCGGCUCAAGCUGCCAUCCAGUCCAUGAACGGCUUUCAGAUUGGAAUGAAGCGGCUUAAAGUGCAGCUCAAACGUUCGAAGAAUGACAGCAAGCCCUACUGAGCGUGCUCCCCUCUGAGACUGGAGUGAGAGGGUCUUCUGGUAAGUGGGGGAGGAGCACCCUUAAUGAUUCGAAGCCCUAAGGCUGUGUGUUGACAGCCCUGGACCCUGAUCCCUGCCACUCUCGCAGGCACAGCUUGCCCCGAAGACUCGGCUACUGCCUUCUGUGGGAGUUUCGCUUCGUACAGAGGACGAGUUUGUGCUUUGGUUUCCAGUGUUUUACUUUGGAGUUUAGGUGCCAUAUCCUGAGUUUUUUUCUUUAUUUAAAGUUUGCUGUGUUUGUAACCAGUGUGUGUUGAGAAGGACCAACAUCAAACCGCCCUGGGGGGAGGAGGGGGAAUGGAGAAGCAUUAAAAAAGAUCAGACCUUUCCCCACACUACCCCAAGAGAGGACUGAGUGAAACCAAAAAUUGACCCCAGAAUCUCCCUGAGUGCGAGAGUGGGUGAAAUGAGAACUGGUGCCCAAGAGCCUUGGGGGCGGCGGGGGGGGGGGGAGGGCAGAGGCGAGGCUGGCUUUGGAGGUGAGGACAGUGAUCCACACCCAAUGGCCCCAGGAGCCAGAGGCUGAAGUGCCUCCAUAGCUAUCUUCUGGGGAGUUAUUGAGUUCUUGCCACCUGUUUUUCAGAUUCUUGUGCAGAAUUUCUGCUGCUCUUUCCCAAGAAGGGGAAGACAGUUCUGUGGAAAUAAAGCAUUUGUUAAAUUAGCUUGACAUAGGCAACCUGCAGGGAGACAUCACCCAUUACCGGCUUUUCCAGCCACCCAUUGGUGUUGGAUUGGCUCCGGCUGGCUGAUGGCUGUUAAGGAGAAGCAGCCAGUCAAAAAGAUCGUUUUUAGUUUAUUUCAACACCACAUUGUUAGACCACGGCCCAUUUCUAAUAGGUCCCUUUAAACAAGGUCUCUAGGCAAGACACUGUCUGGUUUCCUUCCUUGUAGUUGACCACAGCAGAGUGUCAGUUCCAUCCCAAGCCACAGUUUUCUCAUGAGGGUAGAUCUAAGAAGAGCUUACAGUAUCUAGCUUGAAGGGGGCACCUCUCCUGAGCAGAGUGAUCAAAAGCCAUUGAAUUGGGGCGGGGGGGGAGCCUUCUUCUUGGUGUACCUGAAUCAGAAGGCACCUUUAAGCCAGAGUGCUGCAUUUGUCAGCGGCCAGCACUUAUCCGUAAAAGGAUGAGAAAUCUUUGCUUGCCUCUGUGGUUGAGGGAUCCCAGAUGUGGUAUUCCUGCCCUCCCUCCGCCGCCCCCCCAAGACAGGCCCCUCUUCUAACCACUCCAGCCCCUUCUGCUCUUGGGGACAGAGGAGACAACAGGACGUUUACAGCCUCCAUAUGGAUUUAGUGUUCAUUUACCUCAGUAUUACCAUGUUCAUUUUUGUCCUCAUGCUUACAGUUAGCUCCCUGCUGCCUCCCACAGGCAUCACUGCGGCUCUUGCCUGUGACCCACACAGCCUUUGGGCCCUUCCUCUGCUCCAAGAAAUGCUGUGGGGCUGGAGAGCCAGAAAGGACGCGCUGUUGGGAAUGUGCACCUGGGCAGAGGUAGCCCUGUUGGGAUAUGACUCUUAGCCAAGGCCAGGGACAGGGUCCCUGGGAUCUUAAGCCUCACAAACAUCGGUCCUGACCCCUAACAGCAGAGUUGAGAUUAAAGGGGUUGCCUUGGUAUUAAGUCAGAUGGGGACUCUCUCCUUGUCAUGCUGUCCCUUUGGGUCACAGACAGGGAUUGACCGUCUUGCUGUUGUACAGAUAGUUUGGUGGUGUUGGAUUAUCCCAUUGAAGCAGGGACAGCUGUUCCCUUCUCAUAGUGAUAACUUGGGUCUGUUGUCCUCUAAGAAACGUGAAACAUACUUCUUAAGCUGAACCACGUAAACUUGAAUUCCGUGCACUGGGAGAAAUGUGUCCUGUGUUUCAAGGAUAAAACUGUUCCAAAGGCUUCCAGGGUCAUGAUGGGAUUUUUUAAAUAAAUGCAAAAAAUAAAAAUAAAAAAGAAAAAAGAAAAAAAGAAAAAAAUGCUAGGUUGGGGAGGCGCUGUUCUGAAUCCCAACCGGCUGGAACCAAGAAUGUCGUUUCUAUUUUUAUAGAAGUUUUAUACAGCUCCGGGGUGGAGAAUAUUUAUUACCUAAAUUAUAUCUCUGGAAAAGGCCAGGAUUUUGUAGAAUCCAGAAUGUGAUUGUUGUACACACAGGGUGCUGUGUAUGAUUGAAACUACUGACUCUCUGUGGCCCGUUUGCAGCCCAGCUAAUAAUCUGCCAGAGGGGAAGGAGUUAAUGCUGUGAAUUGGCGGAGGAGAGAGCUGUGCUCCCCAGGGUGCUGCCGGUGCUGUGAUAGCUGACCUUCUGUUCUGUCUUCCUCCUUGGCCAUUAUGGGGUUUUCCAAAGCCCAGAACUCCACUCCCUCCCUACUUUCUCUCCCAUCCCCCUCCUCCCCCAUUUCACAAUUAUUUGUCCAUGGAUUUGUCCUGGGCUCCGGGACCUUCUGAAAUGCCUUUUUGAAUAAUAUGAAAGGCAAAGGUGCAGUCAGCCCACCUUUGAUAGCAGACCCAGAGGUUUCAUACCUGCUUGUGAGUUCUCUUUUCUAAAAGGAGCAUGUGCCACAGCAGGGCACUGGGCUGCCACAGCGGCCAGCUGGUGAGACCAGGCACUUCUCUCUGUUCUCCUCUCUCCUGCCCAGCGAGUGAGCACAGUAGCACUGCCCUUGAGCACAGUUCUCUCCCCAGGCCAAAGAUGGUUUGUGAAGAAGCUGCUCCCCUAUAAGUCUCACAGUGUGGAAGGGUUCAGUUCGGAGAGUGGAGACUAGCAGUCGAGUCUUAAGCAAUCCUUUUCUGUUGUGUGGGGGUUUCACUUACAUAAAUGUGUUUUCUGCUAUAGUUUUGUUUCUUACUUGGGUUUUAUCAUGAAAUUGAUUUGCCUUGAAUGCAGCCAGACACUGUCUCCUGGGUCCCACAUGAGUGGCCAGGGCCUGUGUGGAAACUAAAAGCUUGGAUUUCUGGAAACAAAAGGCCAUCCCUGUAGAAUUGAGGAGAAAUCCUGGCCCUCUCCCCUAGAGAGUUCCCCCACCCCAGCCAUGGUCUUCUAUUUUCUCCUGGGUUUGAGGAGUGGGGAGGCUGCACCUCUGCUCCACCAGAGAGACCUUACCUUCUUCCUGGGACGAGUUGGGGCGCCUCGGGAAAUCCAAGCCUUAGGUUCCCUUCUGUCUCUGGCAGUUGGAUGUUUUCUUGGUGUCCUCCAUGUCCUUUUUGACUUUUCCCUGUGUCCAUUGUUAGCAUGUGCAAAAGUUCCCUGUCAUUACCCAGCCCCCGCCCCGCCCGCCUCCUCAUUUCAGGGCUGUACACAGUGAGUGUUCCUUUUCUCUCUCUCUCUGUUUGGAUGUAUUGCUCUGUGUAACUCAGUGGGUCUCCCUCUUUCUGGUUUGUUUUUUUUUCUAGAUUCCUGCCGUUUGUUCAUCGUUGUGCCUAAAGCAUGUCGAUGUGGCGUCAAGUACAUCGUCCAAAUCCCUGUCUCUUCAGCUUCUCUGAUGCUUGAACUCUCACCUUUGACCUUGUGUUGACCUUUGAUGCUGACGUGUAUUUUUAUUAUGUUUGUUUCUUUCUUUGUUAUUUCUUUUUUUCUUUUCCUUUUUUUUUUCUUUUGUGCUGCCAAAUUGGUUUUGCUAGAACGACUGCUGAAGGGGAAAUAUUUAAACUUGCAUUUGAAUAUAAAAAAAUCUAUUUUUCUAGAACUUCAUAAGAUAACCACUUGAUUUUGUGAUUCCAAUUCUUUGUAACUGUCUUCAGAGCAGCCCUACUAGCACAUACCGCGUGGUGUUUGUAUUUCUGUGAACACACAGCCAGUCCGUUUCUAGGCUUUGUUUCUCUGUGUGCUUAGUUUUAAAGACAACUUUGAAGUAAACAAUGAAAUAAAAGAUGUCACUAAAACCUUUGAGGCUCCUGAGCACAUUUUGCUGAUAUAGUUUGUGGGGCUUGAGGAGACCGCAUGUGUUCUUUUUGUUUUUCUGAGUUCUCAACUGCAGAAAACACCUGAACCCCUUUCCUUUUUGACCGCAGGCUGCAAUUUGGGCCCCAGCCAGCCCUUUUUCUUUUUCUUUUGUGGUUCUUCCCUGUAGUGACCCUGCAGGGAGCCUUCAAAUCCCUCUGGCCCCUUCCCCUCAGCCCCGCUGUGCCCGCCUCCAUGCUUGUUCCUACAGUCUCCACAGCAAAAUGUGAUGCUUUGAUUUUUUUUGUUUUUGUAUUGUUUUUGUGUUUUUUUGUUUUGAAUUUUUUCCUUUCCUACUAAGAUUAUGCCCAGAAAAAACAAGUUUUGCAUGUUUCCUGCUGUUUCUUCACACCUUCGUAUAUAUCACCUUCACCUCUCUGUUUUCUAUAGUUUGUGCAAAAACUGACCGAUUUAAAAGGGUUUCAAAGAAGCUGUUUUAAAUUGUUGUGGGGUUGAUUAUUUUUUUCAAGAUUGUAUUGUUUUAUUUUGAAGUGGCAACUUUCUCCUCUAUUGCCCUUAGAGCGUUUGCCUGUGCACUUAGACUGUCACCUCAUGUGGCCUCCAGGCCUCAGCAUUGGGGGGGGGGGGUGGGGGGGGAAGGCGGAAGCUGGCUGCUCUGCUCAGAGAUGGGUGGGAAGGGGGCCUGGACAGGCACGAGGAGCAGAGAUAGAACCCAGAAGGUGGCCGCGGGUGGGCAAGAGGUUCAGCGCAUUAGGGGUAGUGAGUGUCCCUCAGCCCCGAAGAAGGAGGGUGCUCUUAACCACUCGGAGGAGGCCAUCCAUGCACUAAGCGGCAAUAUACCUGCCAGCGCUUUUCCUAGGUGACAAGCACAAUACUACAGUCUUCACACUGUUUACAGCCCUGGGCACCAACUACCCCACACUGGCUCUUCACCACAGCUCUGCUCUUGCUUAGCUUAGUGGGGUGGGGGUGAGGGCAGGGAUUUGUUGUUUUUGUUUUUGUUUUUGUUUUUGUUUUAAUUGGGUGAAGAGCCAAAUAGCUACUGUCCCUGGGUGCCAGGCAAGCCAGUUCCUUGGUUCCCUGAGGGGAACUUGCUCUCCUCUCUUGUGGCACCAUCCAGCCUCAGGGUCUUAGGGACUUGAGUAAGAAUGUGAAUGGCGGAGGGAGAGGCCAGAGGAGACUAGAGGUCACGGGAUGGAUCUGUGGAGGUAAGAGGUUGCAGAGGGAGGAGUUUGUGAUAGAUUCCACCCAGACCUAAGCUGCUGGCGGGUGGGAGAGCUGGGAAGUAGGAUUGUCCAGGGAAUGGUGAAGAGGGGUAGCCGAGGGACGGUGGGGGGGGGGGGAGGGGGGUGGGGAAGGUAGAAGCACUGUUAGCGUCAUCCAUGCAGGGGUUGAUGAAGGAAGGGGUCCUGGCAGAGUUUCUUCUGUGGGACCCGGCGGGUUGCCUAGUAUUAUGCUUGAGGCCACUCUUACUAGGAGGAAAGGGCGGCCAAAUGGAGGCCCAGUGUAUGGUAGGCUGCUUAAUUUCCUGGAAGGGGUGAUUGGAUGGAAAGAGGCCAGGAACCCCAGCCUGAGCGAGACUGCCGUGCACCCCACAGUCUGACUGCACAGAGCCGCCUCUGUUGGCAGAAGGCGCCGAGGCUCCCCUUCCUGUGUAUUCAGAAUCCGUGUUUGCCAAUACAUUUUGCUUUCAAUUCCAAGAGGAGCUCUGGGAAAACCUGUGGAUAAAACCAAAUGCCAAACGUUGGACGUUGUUUCCUUUUCCUUUUCUCUCUCUGAUUGUUUUAAUUGUUCUGUGGUGGUUUUAAUGGAUUUGAGACCCUGGAGCGGCAGCUGCCUUUCUGAUUUCCAGCUGCUUUUUGUGAAUAAUUUAAAAAGAAAAAAAAAAAAGAAACUUUACAUUUUGGAGACAAACCUGUGUGAGUUUUUUAUUGGUACAAACGUUGUAUUUAACACUAGGGGUUUUGUACAGUUUUUUGCCUUUUCUACUAGAAAACAAUGUAAAGUGAUUUCACAAUGUGAAGAGAAAAAAAAUUGCCACUAUGACCAAACGCACAGUCUGUUCUGCAGCAACAACGGGAUUCAAUCAACUCAAAGUCGUGAUUCAGCCGUAGAAAUGCUUUUCCUUUACCUUGUUUGAGCUUUCCUUUCUUUCCUGUUUUGAUUUGCAAAAGAAAAUGUCUUUUCUGUGUGAACUUGUGUUGUACUAUGUAGAAAAUUAUGGAUUUUACUUUAAUGGUUUAAAAAAAAAAAAAAGGGCAAGAAGAGCCUUUGUCGCUUUUCUGACCUGAUCACAGAGUUUGUGUAGUGGAUUAAAAAAGAAAAAAAAAAUUGUUACAAGUUUGGAGCAAGGGAGUAUGUGUUUAAAAGGAAUCUCCUUCCUUUUUUUGUGUGUUUUUCCUUUUGUCCCAACGGGGAACCUAAAUCUGUUUUAAUUGCACAGACACACGGACAAAAAGUCAUUUUGUAUCUGCCAAGUGUGGUACCUUCCUUUGUUUAUUUGCUAUUAAACUGUUUGAGAAGAA